ACCUAGUCAUUUGGCCGACAUUUAAUUACAAAUCUCCCUUAGGUGAACGACCGCAUAAUCAGCCUCUUGAUCUAAGCAAAAAUUCAGUAGUUUCCUUCCAAAAUAUCACCAACAAAACUCACUACUAAUAUAAUCAGAUUCUUUCCCACCGUAUAUUAAAUUUCUCCGCCAUGCUCUAACCUCAUACUUACCCACCAUGGCCCCUUUCUUUCUCAGCUUUGCUUCCCUCUACAGUUUUUACCUCCGUCGUUGCUUCACCGCCUCCGGCCUCGCCCCACAAACCCUCGACUUGAAAGACGGCACAACCAUCCACUUCUGGGGUCCUAACCCCGAUCAAAAGACCCUCCGAAAACCUUCCCUCGUUCUCAUCCAUGGCUUUGGCCCCGCAGCCAUCUGGCAGUGGCGAAAACAGGUUCAGUUCUUCUCCCCUGACUUCCAUGUCUACGUUCCUGACCUGGUCUUCUUCGGAAACUCCACCACAAAGUCCGCAGAAAGAUCAGAGGUUUUUCAAGCGGUUUGUGUUGGGAAGUUGCUGGAAACCAUCGGUGUUAAAAAAUUCGCCGUUAUGGGCACCAGCUACGGCGGCUUCGUGGCGUAUCACAUGGCGAAAAUGUGGCCGGACAAGGUGGAGAAAGUCGUGAUCGCCAGCUCCGGAGUCAACAUGAAACGCAGUGAUAACGACGCCCUAUUGAAGAGGGCGAAAGUGGAGAGUAUCGAGCAUCUUAUGUUGCCAAAAACGCCAUCACAGUUGAGGACUUUAGCCAGCUUAGCCGUCUCCAUGAAACUCAGCAUCGUUCCUGAUUUUUUCCUCAACGAUUUCAUUGAGAAAUUAUACUCGGACAACAGGAAGGAGAAGAUACAGCUUCUGAAGGGAAUCACCCUUGGAAAGGACGAUACUGCAAAACUUUCCCCACUUCAACAGAAUGUGUUGAUCCUUUGGGGAGACCAUGACCAGAUAUUUCCCUUGAAGAUGGCUAUGGAGCUCAAGGAGUAUGUCUCCUCUUCAAUCUGCCAACCACUUGAUUGAUUUAUUUUUGCUUCUGGGGGAGAAAUCGAGGCUGGAAGUAAUCGAAAAGACCUCCCAUGUGCCUCAAAUUGAGAAGCCUCAAUUGUUCAACAACAUUGUUAAGAAGUUCUUGUGUGCCGUCUAAUUACAGUGGAUUUUGAUUAAAUUAGGCAGAGGCAAAGCCAGUUGCUGCAUGAAAUGUAAUGCUAUUUAGUGAAGCUUGUGUGAAUUUGAAUGCCAUGACUUGGGCAAGGCAUGGAAAUUUUAGUUGAUUAUGAAUAAAGUUUCAUCUCCCCAGUUUCACACGUGGGCCAGUUAGUCUGGGCCGUCUGUAAACCCAAUAGUUAUUGGCCCUCACUUUGUAGUAUUUUACUGGGAGGUCACUGGAUUGACUCCUAUUUUUAUAAGUGUUAUGGGGAUCUUGAGUUAUCCAAAAGUAUAUACAUUUUCAGUGA